AUGACAUCACAUGCGUUCGCAUUUGGGGAUGUGGAUAAUGACGAGGAUAACGAAUUUAUCGUUGGAAACCUUAAAGGCGAGCUAGCCAUAUUCAAAGGUACCUCGGUCUGUGGCCAACCUGUUAUGACCUGUAAAAAUUUAGGAACUAAUUCGAUCGUGCGUGUAAAUGCUGAAGGAAAAUGCCAUAUAUUCGAUAUUGCUUUUGGAUCGCCGAAUACUACCUCUACCUCACCUAUUGACGACGGAAGCACUCCACCUCCAAUGCGACCCAUCAUUAAUGAUAAAUCUCAUGAAAUUGAGAAACCAGACUUGACGUUGAGUGUUCCGGUGAAUUGUAAUCGUAUUUUGAUUGCGGAUAUUGACGGAGAUGGUCAAAAUGAGAUUAUAUUCGCGCGUACUGAUCGUGUUCACAUAUAUAAUUUACAAAUGCCGUCGCCGUCGCCAUCGAAUGAUAGCAGUAGCAUUAGUAGUGGCAGUAAUUACGUGACAGAAACAAUUUGGGGGGUACCGUCUAAAAAAGAAGAGAGCCUUUAUCUAACGAUAAAGAAGAAAUGGUUGUUCGAUCGUCGGAUCACUUCUCUACUUUCGACCACCGAUCCAAAUACUGGAGCACCUUUAUUAUUAGUAAAGAGAAACGAAAAAUGCACUUCACCCGCUCCUAAUGAGCUUGACUUAUUGGAAGAAAUAAAUGAAGUAUCGACCGAACUUAUCAAAGGGAUUAAAUGGGGGAUGUCAUAUCUUUCAGGAUUAUUCAAAUAUUAUGACUUACAAUCCGGUCAAAUAUCCAAACACGAACUCAAAGUAAACCAUAAACUAUUCGGUAUAUCCGCGUUAACUCUUGACGGG